UGCCCGGCGAAUGUUGAUUCGGAAGGUCAUCAAUAACUGAGACGAGCCUUCUGCCUCUUUGCCAUAGUAACUGCAUUACCUGCAUGUCUUCACAUCGCAGAUAUUGUACAUCCUGACGAAACAGGUGCUGAAGUAGGAGCUACGCCGGGAGACGACUGGCUUAUGUAGGCUGCUGAAUUUCAACAAAUUAACGCAGACAGUAAGGUCGGAAAUAUAGGCUGUGCCGCUAUUGUCUAGGCUACAUUUCUACACUGCCUAAUCCACGAAUGUCCUUCUCGCAGCUCACAGCGGAAAUGAUGUUGUCCUGGAUCUUCUGAAAGGUGGGCCCAGCAUAUUCAUUCAGAACUGUUGGACGGGCGCCAUGGCUACAGACCCACUGAGAGAAACCGUUCUGAUCAACCCUGCUGAUAAUAAGAAAAUGGAGCCCAGAGUCAACGAGAAGAAAUGCUCAUGGGCGUCUUACAUGACAAACUCCCCUACCGUGAUCGUGAUGAUUGGCCUUCCGGCGAGGGGGAAGACCUACAUGUCCAAGAAGCUGACUCGAUACCUCAACUGGAUAGGAGUGCCAACUAAGGUGUUCAACCUGGGGGUGUACCGACGAGAGGCCGUCAAGUCAUACAAAUCCUACGACUUCUUCCGCCAUGACAAUGCGGAGGCCAUGAAAAUAAGGAAACAUUGUGCCUUGGUUGCUCUACAGGACGUGAAGUCCUACUUGAACGAAGAAGGAGGACAAAUUGCGGUAUUUGAUGCCACAAACACAACAAGGGAGAGGCGAGACCUCAUUCUGGGCUUUGCCAAGGAGAGUGCAUACAAGGUGUUCUUUGUGGAGUCUGUGUGCGACGACCCAGAAAUCAUUGCUGCCAACAUUCUGGAAGUGAAGGUGUCCAGUCCAGACUACCCAGAGAGACACAGAGAAAGGGUGAUGGAUGACUUCCUGAAAAGAAUCGAGUGUUAUAAGGUCACAUACCAGCCACUGGAUCCUGAUGAGUAUGAUAAAGACACGUCCUUCAUCAAGGUGAUUAACGUGGGCCAGAGAUUCCUGGUGAACCGCGUGCAGGACUACAUCCAGAGCAAGAUCGUGUACUACCUGAUGAACAUCCACGUGCACUCACACUCCAUCUACCUCUGUCGCCAUGGCGAGAGCGAACACAACGUGCAGGGCCGCUUAGGGGGGGACUCCGAGCUGUCUCCACGCGGGAAAGAGUUUUCACAUGCACUGAGGGGUUUUAUAGAGGAACAGAGGCUGCUGGACCUGAAGGUGUGGACCAGCCAGCUGAGGAGGACCAUUCAGACAGCAGAGGAGCUGGGCGUGCCCUAUGAGCAGUGGAAGAUCCUCAACGAGAUUGAUGCUGGUGUUUGCGAGGAGAUGACCUAUGAGAUGAUCCAGGACACACUCCCGGAGGAGUUUGCCUUGCGGGACCAGGACAAGUACCAUUAUCGCUACCCCGGAGGAGAGUCCUACCAGGACCUGGUGCAGCGGUUGGAGCCUGUGAUCAUGGAGCUGGAGAGGCAGGGAAACGUGCUGGUGAUCUGCCACCAGGCCGUCAUGCGCUGCCUGCUCGCAUACUUCCUGGACAAGAGCGCAGAUGACCUGCCAUACCUGAAGUGCCCCCUUCACACUGUCCUCAAGCUCACCCCUGUGGCUUAUGGCUGUAAAGUAGAGAUGUUCUACUUGAAUGUCGAGGCAGUGAACACACAUCGCGACCGACCAUUAGAUAAAGUUCAGGACGCCGGCAUGCCUAUCCUGCUCCGGCGAAACAGCUAUACUCCCCUGUCCACUCACGACCAGGUCAAGAGACCACGACUGUACAGCGCCGGGAACUGGCUCCCCUGCGCCCCGACGCCUGUGGACCUGCAAUUCCCUGAGGGGCCAGAGGGGGAGCUGUUGCUGCAGCAGAGUCACGAAUCCCUGUCUGAAGGAAUCGACUGUGACGAUGCUGAAGAAGCUGCUGACCACGUCUACUUCUGAAGAGAAGACCAGCACACACACACACACACACACACACACACACACACACACAAAUACAUAUGCACUCACAAACACAACUUUCCCCAUUCCACCCAGCCCUUCUAUACCAUGCCUAUUAACUGUCUCUGAAUCCAUUGAACUUGGGAUCUGGCCUCCAUCUUUGUCAUUUUCUUGGCAUUUCAUAUUGAAAAAGCUGGCAACGCACAACAGAGCAAACCACGUGUGCUCAUAAACCGUAUCGAUUGAUAUAGAUGUAAUGAUCGAUGUAAAGAGAUGCCUUAGAACCAUGAUUGUAAACAGACUUGAGCCACAAUGUCUCCCUGAAAGUAAGGGCUGUUGCUUGGGGUCAAAGGUUAUUGUGAUGAUCAUUUGUCAGACCUUUAUUUAUAGAUAUAUAGACAUAUGUAGUAUGUACUGGCUUUGGCAGUGUUUUUACACUGAGCAGUAAUUCUUAAAGCUUUUCAUUCAAUGCUACAUUAUACUGACAUUAUCAGUCCUAAAAGGGUGAUUUAGAUGUACAUGCAAAGAGUUUGAUUAAAAUUUAGAUAUUAGGAGUUGCUGUGGUCUCUCCAUCUAUUGACUGAAAAUGAGAGAAAUAAAAAUGGGGUUCUUUGGUGAGUGUUUUUUGGAUAUACUGUACUUGUAGUCUGUAGCACAAUAUAGCUCUUAAGUCUGGGAGUCUGUAAUCAGCACAUUAACACAGAGGAAUUAAAGGAUAUGUUACAGGGUGGUUGUAUUUUUGUAAUUUUAUUUUAUUCAAAGCUCUAUUCUUACAAGAACGUGCUAUUUUCUUAACAGUUAUGCUGUAGCGAACACUAAUGUGCCAUGUAUUAUUGAGGCAUCCUCUACAGUCCUCUGAGAAUGGUAUGCUAAGCAGUUAUUCCCUUUAAUUACUGUUACUCGUAUGGUAACAAAGCGUACAUAUGACUCUAGCAAGUCACCAAAUCUACUAACAUUGCGUUCCUUUUGGAUGUGCUUUUGCCGGUUUGUUUAAAGGGUAAACCCCUGGAAUGAAUCGCUUUGCUUACACAAUGGAAAGUCGUGAGGCAAAAACCUUGGUGCUUUGUACAUUGUGUCUAGUCAACAGAUCCUUUCACACACAACGUUGUCCGGAUGGGUUGGAUAGGCUGUGCCAGGAUAGGCCAACAGUAAAGCCGAGACCCCACUCAAAAGAACAGUGGGGGAAGAAUCCAUUGAUCUGAUAGCAAUGCAAGAAAAAUGUUUUUUAAACAAAAUGUUUCCAGUACAUGAAAAUGAAAAUGAUAUGAUUGCACAGAAGCUUGCCAAAGUAGCCCCAGAUCAUCUUGAAUGUGGUGAGAUGUGUGUCUUUAAAACUGGGUUAUGGACGUUAAAUAUUGGAAAUAUUUGGAAUGCAAAAUGUUUUUUGGCAUGUAUAUGCCAUUAAAACAAUUACUGGAACCAAAAACUUAUUGUGCAUACACUUGAUACUGUGAUGGUUUCAUAUUUAUUUUUAAACAUGAAUGACUGAGUCACUAUUAUUUGCCAAUAGAUGACUUAUGAUGAAUAAUUUCAGCAUUUAAUCCAGAUACAUGUUUGUACAUAAUUAUUCUAUCAAUGAGUAUAUUGGCCUCACAGUAAUAUAUGGAACUAUAUUUAUUGUGAAGUUAUAUUAAUCUGUUUGAAUCAGGUCACAUGUUGUGUUCGUGUCCCUGGCCUGUUCCUAACAUACUAUGCUGCAUUGCUAUAGAUGUGUUCUUGAAUGUCUUCUGUAUCCUAUUAAAAAUGCACUGGUAAAAUUGUAUUAAAUUAUAAAUGCAUUUAGCAGAUGCUCUAUCCCUCAGUGACUUGCACAACUUUUGCAUUUCUGCAUGGUAUCCAUUUAUACUGCUGGAUAUAUAGUGAAGCAAUGUAGGUUAAGUACUUUGCUGAUGGGUACAACAGUAGUUUCCUACUGUAUCUGAUAAUCAAAUCCGCAACCUUUUGGCGAUAAGUCUAAAGGACACUUCCUUGUCCAUUAUGCUAGACUACCAACAAGAAUCCAGCCGCAGUUGCAGACUAAUUCAAGCAUUAUCAGUUUUGUAUUUCUGCAUGUGUUGCCUUUCGGAGGAGGAGAACUAUGUAAUUCAUGGAUGUGCACUAUAUGUGUGCCCUUAUUUCCGCAUUUCUACUUGUCCAUUCACAUCCAUGUCCAUUCAGAAAGCAGUGAAAUAGUACACAACAGAACAGUGCCAUGUAAACUCCCCUGCUCAUGAAUGUAUUCCCAAACUGUGGAACACUGUAUCGUUCUAUUGUCUUCAAGUGGCUAGUAUAUUGUCUAUAAUUCAAUAAACAAUGUGAAAGGUU